UUGAAAAAACAAUUGAAAGUAGCUCACAAGACACAAUGGGUUGAGAAGACGACAAACCUCAGAAACCCAGUUUGUCAGAAAUAUCUGCAACACACACAGAAGCAGCAUAGUUCAAUUAUUACCGGAAAUAGCCGGUUCAUCUCGUAACCCAACGUAUCAUCAUCAUAACCAAAAUCAACACACAAUCCAACAAAGAGAAACCUCAUAACAUAGGACAGAGAAAACAAAGAAAUUGAACAAACAAAAUUUUGGUUUUUGCUUUUACUUGUGAGAGUGAGUGUGUGAGUUUGUGUGCAGUUUCACUCUCAUUCAUAUAUAUGCGUGUGUGUGUUGGAAACAACACAAUUCAAUUCACGUAUCAUCAUCAUUAUUACUAUAUAUCUUUUCGUUUCACCAUCACCAUCACUUCCAUCACCAUCUUUUCUCUCUCUUCUUCAAAACCAAACCCUCUUCUUUUUCCAUUUCCAUUUUUACUACCAUGGCUCAAGGUUUUGAACACUAUCAUAUCCCGCAACAAAGCAGAAGAGAAAAACUUCGAUUCUUAUCUCAAAACCAAUCAUCUUUCAUCGAAUCUUCAACUACCCUUAACCCUAGUUCCACACCUUUACCUUCUCUCUACGACCCUUCAUUCAUUUCAUCAGAUUUCUCACCUUCCACCAACCAAACAAUUGAGGCUAUCAGCACUAACCCUUUUCUUUAUCCAACAUACAACGAUGGUGGUAACACUAACAGUGAAGUUAUGUUGCUGAAAUCUGAACCUCUAUCUUUAUCUUUAUCAUCUCAACAGAAUAACCAGACUCAGAUGAAUGUUCAUCAUCCUUUAGAGGCUAACCUUCAGAGAUAUGGGUCUGUUGUUGUUAACGGAAGUGGUGAGGUUACGAGGAACACGGUUCCGUUAGGACCGUUUACGGGCUAUGCAUCGGUUUUGAAGGGAUCGAGGUUUUUGAAACCUGCACAGCAAUUAUUGGAUGAGAUAUGUGAUGUUGGAGUUCGUGUUGAGAAGAUUGUUCCUGCUGGUGAUUCAUCGUUGAUGGAAAAUCCUAUUCAGGAGAGGAAUGGAAUUGUUGAUGAUGAUGAUAUUGAGGGUAGGAAGAACAAGUCUAGACUAAUCAACGUGCUAGAUGAGAUUUGCAAGAGAUACAGACAUUACUAUCAGCAGAUUCAUGCAGUAAUAACUUCAUUUGAAUGUGUUGCCGGUCUCGGUAACGCCGCUCCUUAUGCAAGUUUUGCUAUAAAUGCCAUGUCCAAACAUUUUAGAGGCUUGAAGAAUGUGAUUACUAACCAGCUUCAGUUUAUCGGAAAGUCGAAUUUUCCUAUAAACUAUACAAAGGACGAAUCUCCAAGGUUUUACAACAGCGACAGAAGCCCUUACAGUCGAAGGCCAGAGUUUCUCGAACACGUCCAACAACCUGUUUGGCGACCGCAGAGAGGACUCCCUGAGCGCGCUGUGAGUGUUCUCAGGGCAUGGUUGUUUGAACACUUUCUCCACCCUUAUCCUACUGAUACCGACAAGCUAAUGUUGGCUAAACAAACUGGUCUAUCUCGCAACCAGGUCUCUAAUUGGUUUAUAAAUGCAAGAGUAAGGCUUUGGAAACCAAUGGUGGAGGAAAUACACAUGCUUGAAUCACAACAAUCUCAAAAGGAACCAUCACAAAGAGAAGAACUUCACCGGAAAAACUUAAGUGAUAACAACAUUGCCGAGAAUCAAUCUACCUCCAUAGAAAACUUCCACGACAUCUCUUAUAAACGAACUAGAAACGAGCUUCACAAUAUGCCGGUGAUGAAUCAGAGUAUUGCAAGCAAUCAAGAAGUCGGUAGUGUUGGAGUGAGCAUGAUGAAUAAGGGAGCAACAAGCAACGGUGUCUCUCUCACGCUUGGCCUACAUCAAAACCAUGGAAUUGGGCUGUCCGAGCCCUUCGACAUGAGUGCUGCUCAACGUUAUGGUCUUGCAGUUCAACCCGAAAGCUAUGCUGCGAGUGGUUUUCAGUUGCAGAAUAGACAGUUUGGGAGGGAUUUUAUUACAGGCCAACUUUUGCAUGACUUUGUAGGAUGAAAUCUUCAAUCUACUAACUUUGCAUUUACUAACCAUGUUGUUAUUAUUGGUUUCAUCAAUCACAAGAAAUUGGGAAAAUUUGGGAAAAGGAAGGAGUGAUCGAAAUAUUUGCAUGCUAUACUAGUGUUAUUGUAUGUAUAAACUCUCUUAACUCUUGAACAAUGAACACAUUUAUUAUGAGUAGCUAGAAUUUUCACAUUAAGACAGGAGAUGAACUUUGUUUGAUCUACUUGAACAAUGUAAGUUAUAAGUUAUGAUUUGUCCUCUAUACAAUAGAAAAUUUAAUAUUAUGCAGUUA